AUUAACCCAGUAAUUACCCAGAAUCAGCAUGCCGUACUUAAAAUGAUAUUGUUGUCAACAUGCUCUUUUUAGCUGUAGUAUAGCAUUAUCAUUGGCCAAAGUUCGGGAGAAUGUUCUUAUAAUCUCAACAGACCCUGCACAUAACAUCUCAGAUGCUUUUAAUCAGAAAUUUGGCAAAACUCCAACAGCAGUUAAACAGUGCCCAAAUUUGUUUGCAAUGGUAAGUUGGGGGAUCCUCACAAAGUCUGUAAAAUCCUACUGCAUAUACAGCCAUCAGAAUUAGAGGCAGCAAACGGCAAUUGCCACGUGGGAUUGGGAAACUUCAGCGGUGGCAAUUUUUGGUCUCGUCCUUACGUUGUAUAAUGUUAAUGUUUUCCAGCUGAAGUGUACUUUAUAAAAACAUUUGCACCACUGAUAAAAAGCAUCGCCCACAUGAACAUCAAACUCACUGGUAAAUUGAUAAUUAAACGAGACUUACAGGUCUGUAAGUUGAAGUUUGAUUGUAAUUCUGUCUUGUCAGUUGUCACCAGUCCGGUGUUCCAGAAAUUUCGCCCCCCCAAUUUCGCCCCCAGCCGAGGGGGGCAAAAUUCCGAGUAAUAUUCGCCCUCCCUGGGGGCGAAAUUCCUAGGAAACUCGGGCGAAAGGGCGAAUCUCCUUGGGGGGGGGGGGAAGUCCUGUGACACCGGAACGAAGGAGUUGGAAGACAUGCUUAAUGAAAAUCGUUUUUUGGAGGUCACAGCAAACGGCCUAAUACUCUAAAAUGCAAAAGUCAUAAUCCAUUGACAACUUCUUUUUGAGCUAUUAUGUUUGGGAAGAGAACUAUUUGUUCUUUAUAAUUUCAUAACUGGCAGAUAUUGCACAAUUUCACCUUCCCCAACACCCCCCGUUCUUUAUGCUAAUUUUUUUGGAGCUAUUAAAAGGGACAUGCCAUUGCAUUAUAGUGUGUGGCUAGUUAAUAUAUACAGUAGUUGUUGAACAUUAAUGUUAAGUCAUCAGCACUGAAGUUUCAAAAGUGACACAGACCUAAAACAGACACCUCUCUAAAACAGACACUUUGCUCUGUUCCUGUGGUAUCCUGCCAUAUAUAUGGGCAUUAUAAACAGAUUCAACUGUAUCUAAAAUUUGCGCAUAUAUUAUAUAAUUUAUAUAGUUGCUGUUUUCUCAUAAUUAGACUCUCACAUGAUUGUAUUUAUUGCAUGGCAGGAAAUUGAUCCAAAUGUUGGCUUCUCUCAAUUACCAGAUGACUUUGUUGAUGAACCAGGUUUGGCUCAAUACAUAUUUAAUUAAAUGUAAACUUCAUUACUUCAACUUAGCUGUGACAAAAUGAAACAGACAGGCAGACAUGUAUACUGUGGAAAUACGAAAACUUAACGUGUAAAAUUUUGUAUAAAGUGUUGUUUAACUUUACAGUUUGAGAGCAUCCUAUUGUGUUUUAUCACAGAUGCCGUUAGCUUAGGGAAACGUCUUGCUCAAGAUGUUCUUGGAGCAUUUCCUGGUAUUGAUGAGGCCAUGAGUUUUGCUGAAGUUAUGAGGUACUACUAUACAAAUGUUUAUUUAAUGUUAUAUUAGCGAACCUGAGCAAGGCUUAAUCAAGUACGGGGACGUGCCUUAAAUUUUACUCUUUUAUAAUUGGAAAGAACUACUUUAAGAACGUCAACAAGCAAGACAAAAGUGCAACGAGGACGGCUAUUAAUAUCAUAUUAAAGCCAAAAAAUUGAGCAGAAAUUAAGAAUUAAAAUCCCACGGACUUUUUUAGAUGUCGCUGUUGCUCUGUUUACAACGGCAAAGUUGCAAACAUAUCAGGCUGGGACAACUACUGCUUUAAAUUGGGUCUUAGAACUUUCUCAAUCAUAAAUCCUGUGUUAACGUUGAUCCUUAAACUGUAUUAUUUUUCAUACGAUAGAUAAUUGACGACAGGUUCUCUUCUGCAAUCAUUUGGUUGAACGAGUUUGUUUGCCGUCGCGUUAAGGUUUCCGUCCUACAUGCUUAAGGUCGCUAUUAAUUGUAUAAUGCGGUUGGUUAUUUACCUGUGGUUUGUUGAAAAUACUUUCUGCAUGAAGAAAAACUAUCAGCGUAUACAAAUUACAUAUAUUUAAUGUAAUGUUUUUGCAAACAUGUUGUACACAUUGUAGAUUAAAAAGUAGUUGUCGUGAAUAUUACAUGCAGUCUCUGAUGCUUUCGGGUUGUAUAUAUUGACUUGCAGUAAAUAUAUUUUCAUUGCAGACUGGUGAAACACAUGGACUUUUCUGUUGUAGUUUUUGAUACUGCUCCAACAGGACACACUUUAAGGUUGCUGUCAUUCCCAUCACUGAUAGAAAACUCUCUGGGAAAACUUCUUCAAAUUAAGAACCAGUUCAUCCCAAUAAUAAACCAAGUAAGUGUAUUAUAACUAUUAUAAUAAUUAUUGGAAGAGGUUAAGCGUGAUAUCGAGGACUAUCAAGACCGAACAUGAAGGUGCGUGUGCUUAGUACCGGAGACAUACGCCAGUGUUACGGCCUGGUACUUAUUUUUCUUCAACCAAGUACCACGUAGCUGACGUACUGGAUAGGUAUAGGCGGGACUCUUGCUAUCUGCGUAUACUGACUUUUUGCUGGUACCAUAUAACCUUUCGAAGAUAUUCAAAACUGUGAUUUAUUUGGUAUGAUAGAACUAAUGUCACUAAAGAAUGUUGGAGUCAAUUUUUGUACUGUAUAUGCAAUUGUGCUUCUUGUUCUAACUCGUAGUUUGAAUAUACUCUUCAAAAACCUGUACCUUAUAUGUAUACUGUCUUAAUCAUAAAGACUAAAUACACCUUGAGUCUCACGUUUGUACCAGCGCAAGUACGCGCCAAUAAUCAUCGGCGUACCAGUCAGGUACAACUAAACAUUUUGAAUUUUUGCACCCUGCGAGCUUGUAUGAUCGGCUGAGGCAUAUAAUUCUUGAUAUCACGCGAAAACCGAAUUCAACACUUAUUUUAUUAAUCUUAUUUUUUUUUUCUUUCUUACGUAUACAUCGCACUCAUCAGAAAAACCAAAGUUGUUUUAGUAAAAUAGUUUUAAGAUUGCACCAAGGAGCUGUCUUGAGGUUCGCUUAUCUUUUUCUCUUCAAGACACUUGUUAAAAUUUCUUACCGCUGUCUUUGUAGCGUGAUUAUAGUGUUUUGUAAAUCGUAAACGAAGCGAAUUCUCGCCAUAGUUUUAUUUUUUCUUCGUGUAUAAAUGAGCUGGCGUUGUGAUUAUUCACUACAGAUCAUGCAUAAAACAUUUUCCGUGUUGAUAUACAUGCAGUUAUAUCAACACGAGUGGAAAUUGGGAAAACGAGAAAUUGUGUGGAAACACGACGCCCGAAAGAGCGGAGUGUUUUCACACAAUUUCGAGUUUUCCCAUAUCGAGUUUUCCCAUGUAUAUCAAUACGGAAAAAAGUUUUAUAUUUGUUUUAUAAUAUAGCACAAAGAAAUAUAAAGAAAGAAAUUUUCCGACGUUUCCGUGUUGACAUUGAGUUAUGUCAACACGGCUCUUAGCCAAUCAGCGUUCAGAAUUUACAAAUGCUAUAUUAUAAAUCUACAUGUAAAAACUAUUAGGGAUUUUAAGCUUAACGUUUCCGAGCAACGGCAAACGGCAGGUCCGAAUUUUCUUGGCAAAAUUUUCGUUGAGCUUUUUCGUUUCAUAUUUCCUUUCAUGUGUCGAAAGAAUAAAUAUGCAUUGCGGUUUUGAAAUUACGAAUUCAUGUACUCUUUAUUGCCUGAUACCGUAAAAUUUGUCUUGGCGUUUGCCGUUUGACGUUAGCCUGUGUACAGCCGUUACUCUCGACGAAGCGCGGGAGAGAACUUUGUGAGUUGGAUGCAUAAUCCUUGUUCAGGUCACGUGGAUAGUUCCCAGGUUUGGGGACAGGCCUCUGAACAGUGCUUGAUUUGAAUAAUUUAUGACAAAUGAAGCUAUUUCAUUGGUUAAUUGAUAAUUAGUAGAGAUGUGCCGGAUACUGUUUUGUCGGAUACCGGAUAGUAGUCUACCGGAUACCGGUCAGGAGAAAAUGAUGACCGGAUACCACAUAAUAACCGGAUACCGGAUAAUAACCAGAUACUCCCAUACAAUAAUUUAUUAGAAACACAACAUUUUUAUAGCUUAAUUAACUAGUCCAACGUGGCAAUGUGUUUAAUACAAUAACUUCAAGAGUUUUUUGUCUCCCUGACCUAUUUGUCUUUACCAAGGCCAUAUCUUAUGAUUCACCUUACAUUGUUUACUGGUAUUCAGUAUAUAAAAUUCGUCGUAAUGCUGCGCACGCUCAGUAAUUGUUCGUGUUUCACAAUUUUUAAACGUCAAGUAAACUUUUCCGUUUCAUGAUUGUAACAAAAUAUCUUACAGUACUAUCCGGUAAAUAUCCGGCAAAUUUAUACCGGAUAGUGCCGGAUGUCUAAAUUUUACCGGUAUCCGGAUCCGGCACAUCCCGAAUAAUUAGCAUGCGUUUAAAAUAACAACACAAAAAUUUUAAAUUCAGAGAUUUCCAGAUCAAGAAUCAAGAUUUCCUUCGGGGCAUACAAAAAUUUGAAAGACUUGAAAUACAAUCUGUUGAGUUUAAUUUUGUGCUGUAUCGAAGUUUAAGAAAAUCAAGAUAAAAUUCUAGUGUUUGAACACUCAGCGAACAAUGCUGACAAAUAUAUAAAAUACAACAAACUAUCGGACGGAAAUUGACAAUUCUGUUUAUAAAGCAUUUUCUUUACAUGUAAUGUGUUUAACUUCGUCUUACUUGGCCAGUUAACUUUUAAUCACUUUAAAAUGCACCUUUUGAAUAACCAGUUGUGUUUAUAUUUAAUACUUUGUUUUUGUAAACAAAUAUACGCCAUAUGUACGCCAAGAACUGAGCUUGUACACCGGACUUGCCGGCAAUGAUCAUCGUUCAGCAUUAUUCGCAUUCAAAACAAAUCUCUUCAUCGAGAAAUAUAUACAAUAUAUUUCUCGUUUUUCAGAUUGUAUUUCAAGUCUUUCAAACUUUUGUAUUCCCCGAAGGAAAUCUUGUUUCUUGAUCUGGAAAUAUCUGAAUUUAAAAUUUUUGUGUUAUUUUAAACACAUGCUAAUUAUCAAUUAACCAAUGAAAUAGCUUCAUUUGUCAUAAAUUAUUCAAAUAAGCACUGUCCAAUCAGAGGCCUGUCCCCAAAUCUGGGAACUAUCCACGUGACCUGAACAAGGAUUAUGCAUCCAACUCACAGACGUUCUCUCCCGCGCUUCGUCGAGAUUAACGGCUGUACACCAUAGAUAUCUUAUAUACACUAGAUAGUGCAUCUAAUUAUUCUGCAAUUCAAAAAUUGAAGCCGUGAUUGCAGUCUCAGGUCGUUCCCAUGAAAUGAGAAGAUUCGUAUGUUUUCUAUUUCUUAAACAGGGAACUUAAACAUCAAGUUAACCCUAUUCCAAAUACGUUUUUAAACUAUUCAAAUGAUGAAAGUUAUUGUUGUUUUUAAGCGUUUAUUAGCAAGUGGGAACGACCAACAUGGCCGCCAUCUAUUCAAAUGGGGGUAACCGCUGGAAUAUUCUUGGCUUCAAUUUUACUAAAAGAGAUGCGCUAUAUCUAGUGUAUAUAAGAUAUCUAUGCUGUACACAGGCUAUUUGACAUACGAACGCGAAGCUUAAACUCUCUAAUAUCUGCAAGUGUAACGUCGUAAUUGCGCAAUAUCAAGAAUUAGUUGUAGCUAGACCAGUCAAUCAAAAUGGAUAUUACAUAGCCUACGUAUCUAAUUAUAUUGCUUGUAGGUAAAUUAAUUAAUUUGACUUUUUGUGGCAAGACGACAGUUAGGAUUACUAUUUUGUGAUAUAUAUAUAAUAUCAAUGUUCCAUUACAAUUAUUAUUCUUUAGAUCUUUACAAAAUGCAAUUUGUAAUUUGUUUAGUUUAGUGGCUUGCUGGGUAUGGAUGAUGCUGAUCCGAGUAUGGUAACGAACAAAUUGGAAGAGAGCAUGCCAGUCAUUAAAGAAGUUAGCGCAAAGCUGAAGGAUGCGGUAAUUUUCCUGUUUCUUGUAUAUAUUCCAUGUUGAUUGGACUAAAAUUUUUAACAUGAUUGGGUAAUUAUUAACAUGGAUGUUAUUCCAUCUCUAUGUUCUCCAUGUAGGACGUUAUCUACGUUUCUACGUAAUAGCAAUAAUACAACUCAGAAUUUUAGUCAGUAAGAAUACAAGCAUGUGCCAUGCACACCACGAUCAAGCAUCGAACAGUGAAAUACGCAUCACAAAUUUCGAUUAUAUCAACAGUAGUUUUUGUGAUUCCAAUUUCUUGAUUACGAUUUAUGGUAACAAACCUAAAAGGCUAGAACAAAGAUGACAACAUAUACCUGGAAUUUACUUUGCCGUGGACAUGCAGGUUUAAAAGAUAAAGAAACCAUUUUAAGUCUGACUAUAGGUACUUAAAUGCGAAAACAUAUAGGAAAACGGGGAAAAAACGCAGUGCAGUGAACGUUACUGUAUUCAUUGUAUUCGUGACAUCACGAAUUUCAAGUAGGUCACAUCAGCUGUUUCCUAUCCAUGGCCAAUGCAAUGGACAAAAUGAUUUAAGGAGAAAGAACUCAAGAUAAUUCUAAACUCUUAAAUACUCGACUUCCUACAGUGAAUGAAAGCGUCACUGUCAUCUUUUUAUUACCUGGCCUUCAGUGAUAGCUCAUCUCUUUAAUCAAGGUUCCAUGCACCGCACAAAAUGAAAGUUCCCUCCUCUCCCCCCCCCCCCCCCAGCCUUAAAUGUAUCAGCAUAAGUUCUAAACAAAUGAGUCCUUGAUAAUCUUUCUAGCACUAAUUAGACAUGUGAUUACACGAUUUCAGUACACUUUGUGGUUACCAACGAAUUGGCUUGUUGAUUGGUGAAUGAAUGAGUCUGACCGCACCACAUUUAACAUGUUAAUUGUGUUUUUGGUAAUUUUGUAGGAGGUUAAAGUCAUUCUUUUAAGCAUGAGUGUCCCCACUCGUCACACACUCAGAAUUAAGCAAACUUCCAUAGGUCUAAUUUAGUGCUAGGUGUGAUUAUCAGGAACUCGCUUGUUUAGAUUUUAUGCUGAUAUAUUUAAGGGGAAACUUUCUUUUUGUGCGGUAUUUAUUAUAGAAGUAAAAUCAGCAAAAUUGUAUUUUCCUUUUACGAAAGUUUCGCCAAAAACGUUAAUUUACUAUAUGGAACAAAUAAUUUCACUGGCCCGCUGCAAAUCAUACUUCGAGUUGUUUGUUGUUACUCAUUUCACCCUUGUUACUUAUUUUACCAGGAACAUACGACGUUCGUUUGUGUUUGUAUAUCGGAGUUCCUAUCUUUGUACGAGACUGAGAGACUAGUUCAAGAAUUAUCCAAGUCAGAUAUAGACACACAUAAUAUCAUCGUAAAUCAACUUAUAUAUCCAGAUACUAAUAAGAAAGGUUGGUAAAGUGCCUGACUUAUGGUUUUUACACGUAAUGAUCAGAUGCUACUAGAACCAGCUUUACGAAGUAGAUUUGUAGUGUAACAGUAGAUCGAAUUUGGUAGAAAGAACCUCAUUAUGGGGCUUCGGUUACGCCAGAGCACAAGCAUUUCACCUCGGAGAUCGUGGGUUCGAUCCACGCUAGCUGUGGUGCUGCGGACAUGUGAAUACCCUGCAUGUUAUACGCUGAUUUCAGACACAGAAUAGGAACAUUAUAGAAGGUCGACUUCUUGGUUUUGCGGACUUUUGCCUACAUGUUCCUGGCCAGUGCCCUUAUGAAAAACAUUCACCCCCUGAAAAUAUUCAAAAUGGUGGAUGUUCAGAGGCGAAUGUCUUUCAUAAGCUCACUGGCUAGGAACGUGGCUUGUGCAUUUUGGUGAUUAGUCAACUUUCUGUAAGGUUCCUAUUCUGUGUUUCAGAUGUAUUUUAAUAAUAUUUGAAUACAUAAAAAAUACGUGGAAAACGUCAUCUGACAGCAUCACCAACUGAAAAUAUUCGUGAUUAACAUCAAAUACCACCUAAAAUUGGCCCGACAAAUCGCAGCGUGCAAAGGUACGUUUGUGAUUUGUCCUACAAUACGAUUCGUAUUCUGGCGUAUGAAAAUCACUGCUGACGACACAAUUGCUCUUCUUUACGUUUAUGGCGAAAUUUGAAAUGCAACCACUUUACCUGUGCUUGUUCGAUUACAUACGCCAAAAUACAAUCACGACAAAUCACAGCGUUUUAACGUACCUUAAGUCUGGGCCUAACACAAGUCUUGAUUCGGUCGCUUUCCACCCACACUUUUGUUUUAUAUUUAGUAUCGAAUCAAAAUGCACCAGGAGAAAUGUAAAUUUCAUAUCACAACAAUCUAAUAAUAGUGACAAUCACUAAAUAUAUCAACCAAUUAAUUGUUACAUUAACCAACCAAAACGAUACAUCAAAUAUGGCGUGAUACUCAUGCUACAAAUAGCCAAUCAGAGCUACAACAUACAGGCGGUUGUAGGACACGAACGUCUAAAAACAUUACAUUACAUUACAUUACAUUAUUCAACCGUCGGGGGUUUUCAGGGACCGAUUACAUCAAGUAUUAAGCCGGUUUUCCACUUCACCCGUAUCGUACCGAAACGUACUGGUGAGCAUGCGCAGAUUGAAAAGAGGUUUAUAAAUCCUCGGACUUCCGGGUGUAUUCGCGUAUCAAAAUAAAACGUUCGUCGCAAGUCAACUUUUUGCCGUACUACGGAAGUACUAACAAAUCAACAUUCACGAAAUUUUGAAAUUUAAAAACGUUUUUGAUACGCUUCGGUACGGUACGCUUGAAGUGGAAAACCGGCUUUAGCCUUACUUAUGUUACUAAGCCUAAACUAUUUAUCUUUACAACAAUUGUGAUAUUACUUUCCUGACUAUGUUUAUCCUAACCCAUCCUGUUAACUUGCCCUGUGGGAGGAAACCGGAGCGCCCGAAGAAAAAUAAAGCCUGGUCGCAAUUACAAUUUCUGCUACCUAUAAACGUUUGGCAAUUUUACAACGAAUUCAGUUCAUUGAUUAUUCUCAACAAUUUUCAAACUUUAGGCACCUGUAGCCUAUGUGCAGCUAGAAUGAAAAUCCAAGCAAAAUAUCUGGAACAGGUGCGUAUAUGAAGGUUUUUGUUUUAGUGAAACAAGACACACUCACUAUACUACAGUUUAGAGAUGGUUUAUUGCUUGAGCAAGCAAGAAUUUUUCUAUAUAAGCGUAUAUUCUACCUAUAGGCGCUCCUAUCUGGAAGUGUGCAUGUGCAUGACGUUUGCCUUGUGAAACAAGUUGCACGCUGGGUUUGAUUCCUGCGGUUAUCUGAUUAAAAUCUGCUAGCGGUUAUGAUAAAUUAUUCAUUUAUUCGAGUAAUUGUGUAAUUCGUGUGCAAGUCUCGCGCAUAUAUUAUAUAUCUGAGAUUUCACAUAAUCUGCUCGAAUUAAAGUUUAUAUUUAUACACAAUGUCAGUGUGAUAAUCGAGCAUAACACUAGCAAGUGAGAUUGCCUCCCAGGGUGCGGUAAUGUUUAUUGCUGCGUAUACUUGAGCUGUACCAGUUUCCUAAACGGCAUUCAUUCUGUGCCUUCGUCCACUACGAGUUGAACAAGAACACAAUUGCAUUAUGCAAACACAUACAAUUCUAAUCCCAUUCUAAUGUUUCAGGCUAACAUAAUCUAUUUAGACAUAGCUACGUAGGGAUUUUCUUGCAAAAAAUUUUAAGGUGCAGAAGCUGUGCAGAACUUUUUUCCUCUAUAUUUCUGUAUAUUCCAUGUAAUUUUUUUCUUUCCCAAAGACCAAGUGCUUGCAUGAAUAUUUUUCCAAUUUCCGCUCUUUGAAUGAAUUUUGGUGUUGGAAAUUAGUAUCUGCAAAAUAUAAGUACAUUGGUAUAGUAGGAGUCCCGUUUACCUGCGUGGUGCUUGGCUGGGCUCUAGUAAAACACAAGAACGAGACCGUACCUCUACUCCUUCUAGUUUCACUUUACCAGACAGCGCUGUAUACAUACCUUACUGCAAAUAACGUCAGCCUCCAUAAUUUGUGUUCUAGUGGUAUGAUAUAGACUCGUUUACACCAUUACAUCUAUAACUGUUACAGGAAUCGAAACCUGCGGUCCUGCGAUUUCGGUGCAGCGCUCUAACCAAUUCCUGUCAGAGGAUCUACAGUUGUAUUUUUUCCAGCUGCUCUUGGUCAGAUCUAAAAUUGCAUAUUAUCUUUCGCUCGAAAUUUGCAUUUCCGAGCUGGAUGCUCAUGCUAUUCAUGGAGCGUACAUGGAGCACUUUCAACCCCGGGGUUGAACUCAGCCCUGGGUUGCAGGGCAGGAAAAAAUAAUUUUCUUCCUGGGAGCACAACCUGUAGACAAAAAUUUCCUGCAGACCCACGGAGUAUAAAUUAUUUUCCCCUAAAUCUGCAUGUGCAUAAGCAUAUAGUGUUCUAGCUGACCAUGGUUUUAAAUUCAAAGAAUAAUUUCUGUCAACCACAUGUUGGCAAGCCCAUAGUGCGGGGACAUGGGUGUUAAGGUUUCCUUUAAAUUUUCAACAGCAAAUCUUCAUUCAAACUCAUUUCCUGCAGCUGUUCAACAUUUCCUGCGAGCAGUGCUAGCGUACUCGCCUUCGUUUCCCACCCCUGCCGGGUUGGAAAUUUUUCGAUUACAUGGACGAUUUCAAUCCCGGGGUUGAAAUGCUAUACGUUCCCGGCGUUGAUUCCGGAAGUAAAAAGCGAUUCCCGUCCAUUAUUACCUAAAUCAUUCUCGACGUUCUUUAUAACGUUCACAUAUAAUGCUGUGUAUAUAUAACGUUCACUGAUAGGGCUAAAAUUAAGCUUGUGUGUCUUGUUGAUAAUUUAAUAUAUCAUUUCUUAGAUUGACGAUCUUUACGAAGACUUUCACGUGACCAAAUUACCGCUUCUUCCACACGAAGUGCGAGGAUGUGAUAAAAUAAAUGAAUUUUCACAAUAUCUACGUGAGCCAUAUGUUCCAGAAGAUAAUUCAAAGUAGAAUAUGGAUUUACAAACAUUCGCAACAAAUAUGUGCCAAAAAUGGUUGAAUACAUUAUACAUUUAGCAAAUUUUGGUAUAAAACGAUGAUUGUACAAAAUGAAUAAACGAAUUCUGGAAUUGCAUGCGCGAACCAUAUUAAUAGACUACCAUAAACCUCCGAAUAUAAUUAGCCCUGGGCUUAUAUUCGUUCGUAAGCAUUUUUAUGGACUUCAACCAAUUUUCCACUUCAAUCGUAUCGUAGCGAAACGUAGCGUAUUUCUUUGUUUCCCGAGCGGUAGUGUGGAACUAAUGACUUCGACACAAAAGAAAAUUCUACGGUUCGUUACGAUACAAUACGGCUGAAGUGGAAAAAAGGCUUUAUUCACGGGUGGGCUUAUAUACAGGGUGUCCCAAAAAAAGCACCCUCUAUAGAAAUUAUCUUAUUGUUAUAAUUUGAAUGCCUGAGCACUGUGCUGAACAUGCACAAGAGUGCGUAAACACAAUUGAAUUAAAUUUUUAAUUACCAGGAGCAUGAAAUCCUGUGCUUAACAACAAUAGGAUAAUUUCUGUAUAGAGGGUACUUUUUUGGGGGACACCCUGUACGGACGACAUUUGGUGUUAGUAAUAUUUAUUGUAACUGUGAACUACAACGUAAACGAAAUAUGAACUUAAGUGUAUAUAAACAUUAUAAAACAAGUUGGUUAACAUAUAAUACUCCAAUGCAAUUAUCGCCACUCGUCAGAGCUGUUGAAAUCCCAGUCGCCGCGUUAAUAAAUACCUGUCCAAUUAUAAGCCCAUGGGCUUAUAGACCCAUUGCACAUGACGUCACAGCGCCGGUGACGAUGCAUCUGAAGGACAAAUUAGCAAUCUAUGCUUAAUAUAACUUUUGUAAAGAAAGCAAAUUUUGUAAAACUUUAUAAUAAUUCUGUAUCAAAAUGGUUAGUUUUUGCGCUGUAUGUGGUUGUUGUACCCGAACAGAUAUUGUUAGGGAGCAUCUGGAGGACACUCUAAGGAUUUGUGACGUCAGUGCAAAGGGUCUAUACACGGGUGGGCGUAUAUUCGGAAGUUUACGUGGCGACAGAGAAGAAUGAAAAUUUUUUACCAUCACACGAAUGAAAACAUUCAUUAUUUGUUAUAUAAUGGCACUAUAAAGUUUAUAAAAUAGAUCAAUGUUAUGGAUCUUUUACAAGUACAGUACAUACCUGAGUUACAUGUUCAAAUUAAUAAAAAUAAAAAC